AUGAACUUACGCGAACCACUUCUACAUGGUAUCUACGGCUAUGGUCUCGAACGUCCUACGGAUGUUCAACAACGUGCUCUCAAAGCAUGUACUUCAGGUUACGAUGUGAUUGUACAAGCACCAUCAGGCAUGGGCAAAACGAUAACCUUCAUUAUUGCAGUUUUACAACAACUCAACAUGGAGUGCAAAGACUGUCAAGCAUUAAUCCUGGUACCAACGCGUGAACUGGCUCAAGGGAUCCAUAGAAUAGUAUUAGCACUAGGUGAACAUAUGAAUGUAACAUGUUAUGCUUGUAUUGGUGGUGUAAAGUUUCGUGAGGAUAUGAAACAGGUUGAAGCAGGUGUCCAAGUUGUUGUUGGUACACCUGGUCGAAUCUAUGAUAUGUUAAAGAGAUCAGUACUUCAUAGUGAAAAUAUCAAAAUGUUCGUAUUGGAUGAAGUUGAUGAGCUUUUAUCUCGUGGUUACAAAGACCAAAUCUAUGAUUUAUCUACGAUGCUGCCAGAAAAUGUUCAGGUCAUGGUUACAUCGGCUACAAAGGUCUUCGAUUUACUCGAAAUUACAGCUAAACUUAUGAAUGAUCCUGUGAAAAUUCUUUUUAAAAUAGAAGAACGAACGCUCGAAGGUAUUCGUCAAUUUUACGUGAAUGUCGAACGUGAAGAAUGGAAAUUAGAUACAUUAUAUGACUUAUUUGAUACAUUAACGAUCACACAAGCUGUCAUCUUUUGUAACACACGUCAAAAGAUCGAUUGGUUAACGGAAAAACUACGUGAACGUAAUUUAACUGUGUCUGCUCUACAUCCUGAUAUGGAUGAAAAACAACGUAAUGAUGCCAUAAGAGAAUUUCGAACAGGUUCUAGUAGAAUCUUAGUAAGAACAGAUAUGCUUGAAAGUGAUACUUAUAUUCCACAAGUUAGUCCUGUUAUCAAUUAUGAUCUCCCGACUAAUCGUGAGAGCUAUGUUCAUCGUAUUGGACGUAGUGGCAGAUUCGGUCGAAAAGGUACGGCUAUCAAUUUCAUUACUAAUGAUGAACAACAAACGUUACAUCACAUUGAACAAUAUUAUAAUACACGAAUCGAAGAACUGCCCAUGAACAUUAACGAUUUGAUUUAA